AUGUUUAAUGUUUUUUCAGCAGCAUUUUUAGAUAAUUCAAAUAAUCUUAAAAACAUUAGUAAACCUAUUAAUAAUAACUUGAACAAAAAUAAUAAUAUUUUAACAAGAUCCAUAUCUGCAAAUGCAAGUAAUGAAAAUGACAGAAUAAAAAAUUUGCCAUUAAAAGACAGAUUGGCUACAGUAAGAAAUGUACAAAACAUAUUAAAUAAAAAAAAUAUAAACAAGACGGAUAAUAAUGAAGAUAAAAAUAUUAAUAGCAUUCAUUUAAAAAAUAAUAUAGGAAACGAACCUAAUAAGCCUCUAUCAAUUAAUGAAAAUAAUUUGAAUAAAUUUAAAAAUUAUUCUAGUGUUGUUAAUGAAAAACACAAUGAAGAAGAGCUAGAAAAAAAAUUAAAAAAAAGAAAAAGAAGAAAGAAGCAUGAAAUAUUAAUGGAAAGGAUGAAACAGAGAGAAAUGGAAAAAAAAAAACAGAAAGAAAAUGAGGAAGAACAAAAUAACAACGAAGAAGAGGAAUAUGAUGAAGAGGGAGAAGGAAGUGAAGAAGAGAACGAUGAUGAUAAUAAGUCUCAAAAAUAUAAUAGACAAUCAAAAAAUAAAUAUGAGCAACAUUUACGAGAAGAGGAGAAAGAACAUGAAGAGGAGGAUGAGAAUGAAGAAGAAACAUAUAAUAAUAAUAAUAAUAGUAAUAAUAAUAAAAAUAAGCAUGAGGAAAAAAGUUUUAAUAAAUCAUCCUAUAAUGAUACGACUGCUACUAUUACUACCUCUAAUAAUAAUAAUAAUGCAAAUAUAAAUAAUGAUCCUAGAAUAAAACCAAAAAGAAAGAGAAGAAAAAAAAAAGAGAUGGAAGAGUAUAGAGCACGUUUAUUAAGAGAAAAAAUGCAACAGCAAAAUUCAAUAAAUAAUGUUAUAACGAAAACAAAUAGCUUUCAUAAUAAAAAUGAAAAUAAUACACAAGAAGAAAAUAAAGUAAAAAGAAGAAGAGGAAGACCUAAAGCAAGUGAAGUGGCGUCUAUAAAUAAUAUGAAUGAUAAAUUAAAACAAAAUGAUAUAAGAAAAUAUUAUAGUAGAAAUAGUGAUAAUCAAAUAUCAAGAAAAGGUAGUAUAAAUGAAAAAAAUAAAGGAGAAUAUGAAGAAGAAAAUAAAAGUGUUUUUAAAAUAAUUAAAACUUCUAUACAAGAAAAUACUUCUUUUAUGAAAAAGUCACCAAAUGAAAUUAUACAAUUAGAAAAAAACUUUAAAAACAAUAUAAAAAAUGGUGUAACAUGUAUACCUUUAAACUACCAAAGUAAAGGGGGAGGAAUGGCAAUUAUUUUAAUUGAUACUGAAACAACAUAUGGUCCCGUAAAAAAUUCAUAUGGAUUUAUGACUUUUCUUGUUUUAGAUUGUCAUUCAAAUAACUUUUUUAUUGAUACAGGAAUAAAAAAUAAUGUUAUUGAAUGUGAAAAACAUAUGCAAUUGUUAAUUAGCCCAGGUGAUAUUUAUAUGUUUAAAAAUCAAAGUCAAGAAAUUGAAGCUAGAUUAUUGUUAAUUGUAUGUAAUAAAAUGAAACAACCAUUUGACGCAAAAUUACACAUAAAAGACCCAGAAUUUAACAACGAUAAAUAA